CACGCCGCGUUCAGUUCGCUCCAAUCGGCAGCAUCCCCUAAUGUCAGUCCGUUUUGCAUGGCGUAAGUGUCGUUCUCUACUAAUAAAGCAGAGUUGGAUAAGUACUACAAUAGCAGUUAAUUGAAGAAUUUAUGGUAGAUUAUCUUUAGAAUGGCAAAAGAUUUUCUCUUGUUUGUUUUAAUUAUUACUUUAUUGGAUGUUGCGUUUGGUUUGUACAUCUCCCGAACAUCAUUGAUAAAAAAUUUAGAUGAAACCUUCGUGGUGAUAUGUAGGGAUGAAGGCGGUCAGUAUGUGACGUGGCAAGGACCUAACGGGACACUGAAUGCCAAGACGCGCCCUAUGGUGCAGCAUGCUUUUUAUGGCUUCUCCAUCUUAUUCAAUAAAACAAAGAUCGAGGACGCCGGAAAUUACACCUGCAUAUUGAAUGCUUCGCCGCAAGUGAGGAAAGUUUUUUCACUUACCGUAAGAGGUAAUAAUGAUUUUUAAGGUUUCCUCAUUUAA